GUCUCCUACACAAACAAAAUAAAGAUAUCAGGGCAUAUCUCAAAUUUGUCAAACAUUGUCGAGUCGAUCAUAAACUUAUCUAUUUCUUUAGACUAUAAAAGCUUUCUGUUAAUGAUAGUUAAUUUGUCAUGUUUCUAUACUGUCACCAUAGAAUAAACGUUUAUACUGCAGUGAAAGAUAAACAAUGUUCCCCCAAUGACAAUGCAUAUUAUAAUGUGAACUACAAAGAAAUAGAAAUUCGAGGGGAAUAGGAUAACCAAGAAUAUUGCUCGAUUGCGACCAACUUUCAAAUAGCAAUAGAAAGUCUCGUAUAUUCUUUUGAAGGAAAGAAUAGAAUGUGCGCGAAAAUGAAAAUGUCAAACGGAGAAAAAAAUCGAUUUUGAAAAACGUCUUUUGUGAGCAAAAACAAGAAGAAAUAUUAAAACCGAUCUUUGCAAGCUUCAUACAACAUUUUCUAGUUGUCCCAAAAGUACAUUUCUCAGAACAUGGACUUUCAAAACGUAAAUCCCCUGAACGCCAAAUUGAACAAGUUUUCAGGCAACUUGUUACCGAUGACCAGCGACGAUUCUCCGUUUCCUAUAGGAUGGAGAAUAUAUAGCGCUGUCAUAUUGCUGAUAGAGGCGAUUCAAACCAGCGCAAUAAUUCCCGGAAUUUUGUACGUGCCAAAGGAGAAGACUCUGCGUGAUGCAACGGUAGGACUAGUGAUUACCAUAGAAGUAUUUUUCUUAUUAAGACAAAUGCACGUGUACAGAGAUCUUUUGACUCAACUGAUUCAAAAAUUAAAUCAAAUUCUGCGCACUGAAGACAAGACGAUGAAGAGCAUCGUGAGCUCGACCUUAAAGCCGGCAGACAUUCCGUUCAAAUUUUAUUGCAUGGCCGGGGUUGGAUCCAUGACAGUGUGGUGCAGCAUAUCUAUCGCGUUGAUUUUCAAAAAGAAAUAUUUUUUCUAUGAAGAUUAUAGGAUAUCAAUAGUUCUUUCGGAGCAACCAUUCACGAUGGAAAUCUUUCUACUGGGAAAUUCUAUUAUAUUAAUUGCUAGCGUGUUUAUAUUUAUAAGAAAGGUUGCCUUGGAUGUAUAUAUGAUACACAUCGUAUUACUAGUAACAGCGCAAUACCGCUAUAUUGCGGUGAAGCUCUCGACGAUAUUUCGAGAAAAUACUUUACAGAGUCACGAUGAAUUUGAAAAGGAAUAUUUUACUGUAAAUUCAUUAACGAUUCAGAAGAUGAAAGUGCUAUGUCGACAUCAUUGUAUUUUGGUUCAAAUAACAUUAAUGCUAAAGGAAUUACUGUCUUUGAAUAUGAGUCUAAUAUAUUUGACAAAUGUUUUUAUUUUUUGCUUUCUCGAUGUCAUGCUGAUAAGUGCAAUAUUAUCGAAGGACUUUUUAGAAGGAAAUAUGGUCGUCAUGUAUAUAACCGGCAAUCUAGUAGAACUUUAUAUUUUGUGUUCGUGCGUUAAUCAAUUAUUAGAUGCGAGCACAGAAGUAACUGAUAAAGCAUUCCAUGAGAAGUGGUAUCAGUUUGGACCAUCAUUAAAACAUUUGUUCAGGAUGAUGAUAAUAACUAAUAAGUUAGAAUGUAAACUUUCAAUUUCUAAUAAAUAUGAUCUAUCUUUACCUUCAUUCAUGACGAUUUUGAAUCAGUCCUACUCGUUCGCUCUUAUAUUUUUGAGAAUGAAGUAAAAACUUACGUGUUUCAAAAACAACAGGAUUUAAUUAAAGUUAUUAGUUAAAUAAUAAUCUAAAUAUUAUUUGUAUAACUUAUAUGUGUACUCAGGUAUAGUAUGUGAUAUUUAGUUAUAGAAUAUAAAAAAGACUUACACUAUUGAUUGUGAUCACGUUAGAUUGAGAAAUAUUUUUAAUUCUAACAUUUUCCAACAAAUGUAACUACGAAUUAUUUUUUAAAUAUUCUUUCUGACUACAGUUUUUACCGCUCUUUCUCAAUUACGGUACACGGUACUUUAUUCAUUAAGUAUUAUUUAAUCCUUAUGUGCAUACUAAUGUGGAACAUCCUUUCUCUACUUUACAUGAACAUCUUUGUCUACUAAUUACUUAGCUUGCUUAUUUGAUUGUGACGGACACAUAUGCUGUUGUCUCCAUGUGAUGCAGAGAAAGUAAGCUAUCUUUGCGAAAUAUAUUUUUGUCUAUCGCUGAAGAUGGCCCAAACUUGGAACGAAACAUUUGUUAACAUUGAAUUAAUGACUAGAAUCUCCUUAAUAAAAUAUGAUUUUAUAUAUUAGCACACUUAA